AUGGCGAUCCAAACUCAAAACUACACUGCCCACACAACUCCCGUGCAGAAUCCUCGUCUCCGACUCUUGAACGCCCUCCGCAAACAUGAAUUGGCAUUGAUGACCUUUAUCGCUAUUCCAUCAGUACGACAUGCUCAAAUCGUCGCCAUGACCGGCUUGGACGGUGUUAUUGUCGAUUGUGAACACGGACAUAUUGGCGACGACUCUAUGCACAACUCUGUAGCCGCCAUUUCAUCAAUGGGCGUCUCUCCGAGCAUCCGCGUUCGUGGCUUCUCACCAGACAUCCUCAAGCGGGCGUUGGACACUGGUGCUCAUGGCCUCAUGGUGCCUAUGGUGAACACAGCCACCGACGCAGAGAGCGUUGUACGCUAUUCGAAGUUUCCUCCUCUCGGACUUCGCGGACAAGGAUCAGCUUUCCCUGCUAUCGGCCACGGCUUGACGACACCCGAGUACAUGAAGACCGCCAACGAGACUCUUCUGACAAUCGUACAAAUCGAGACAAAGGAGGGCGUGGCCAAUGUUGAUGAGAUUGCCGCUGUUCCUGGUGUUGACUAUCUGUUUAUUGGGCCCAACGAUCUUGCGCAAUCAGUGCUUGGCUAUACCCCUGCUAGAGGCGACGAGCCAGAGUUCGUUGACGCCAUCCAGAAGAUUGUUGCUGCUGCCAGGAAGAACGGAAAAUGGGUCGGAAGAUUGGUCAACGAUGGUCCUCUGGCCGUUGAGGCUGCGAAGCAGUUUGAUUCUGUCGCUAUCACUGGUGAUACCAAGGCAAUCAGCAACUGGUACACUGCUCAGAUCGCAUGUGUCAAGGGACAAUAG